AUCAAAACCAAAAACAUUGAAAGAAAAUAGUCGUCGUCGACCACCCCUGAUGUCUCCUUCCUUCCUCGUCGUCUUCUUCUUCUUCGCUGUAUAACUCUCUUCUCCUUCAUCAAUCAUCAUCCCGAUAACCCCUCUUCCUUCCCCUCCAUCCGAGCUAUAUAACCUGCUUUGAAUUAAAGAAACGGUUUUUUCGAUGUCGAACUAUCCGAAGAUCACAUGCGUAUCGUCAUCGCAUCAGAAUCUGGUGGAGAAGCUAAUCCAACUCCAGGAGAGAUUCUCUCAUCUUCAAGCCGCCAGGAAAGAAGGGAGGCUUAACGAUCACGCGAUUCUCGAAGCACAAAUCUCUCAGAAUCUCCGUGAGUGGCAAGCUGAGCUCAGUGCUCCUUCUCCAGAGUCUUCUCUUCUGGGUGGAAGUAUUAGUCAUUUCUCUGAGGAGAUUGCUCGUUUGUUGAAACUUAAUGAUGAGGAGGAUGAUGCUACUAGCUCCUUCAAGGAACAUGCUGCUCCAAAGGCUGAUGCUUUUGAUCAGAGUUUGUGCUCUCCGGGACAUUUGGAAUGGAAUGCUGAGAGUUUUAAUCAGAGCUCUUUCGAUGUUAAUUUCUUGAGUGGGUUUGAGGAUGCUGUUAAUAACGCGGAAACACAUGGCCAGCAGCAACUCCAUUGUGGAUAUCAAGAGUUUGAUCCAAGCAUAAACACCGCUCCUGAUAUCCAUGGCCAGAAACUCAACCACUUGGAUAUAGCUUCUCAGCUCGAUUACCAUCUCUCAGAAGUGCGCCAGGAAUUCAACAACACCCCUUCCGUUAAGCUUGAUGUUCCGGACGAGUCUGAGUUCACUACUCCAUCAAGUGUCCGUGUGCCUCCUUCUGCCUUUUUGGGACCAAAGUGUGCACUAUGGGAUUGCACAAGGCCUGCUCACGGAUCUGACUGGUACAUGGACUACUGCAGUGACUACCACGGGAAUCUAGCUUUGAAUGAAGGUUCUCCUGGCACAGCACCUGUUUUAAGACCAGGAGGCAUUAGUCUGAAAGACAAUCUCUUGAUUGAUGCUCUUCGUGCAAAGACUCUUGGUAAGAAUGUUGGCAUCCCAGAGUGUGAAGGAGCUGUCAACACAAAAUGCCCAUGGAACGCAACAGAGCGAUUUCAUCUUGAACUGGUUGAGGGCGAAACGAUUAGAGAAUGGCUCUUCUUCGACAAGCCUAGAAGAGCAUAUGAUAGUGGAAACAGAAAGCAAAGAUCACUUCCAGAUUACAACGGACGAGGCUGGCAUGAGUCAAGAAAACAACUGAUGAAAGAACAAGAAGGCCAGAAAAGAUCUUACUACAUGGAUCCACAACCUCCUGGCCCCUUCGAAUGGCAUCUCUUUGAGUACCAGAUCAACGAAUCAGAUGUAUUCGCCUUAUACAGACUAGAGCUCAAGUUAACAAACGGGAAGAAGAGUCCUAAAGUAAAAGCUGCAAAAGACCCUCUGGCUGAUCUGCAGAAGAAGAUGGAGAAGAUGGGACAGUUGACACCUGAGGCAGCUUCAGACAAACCUUCUCCUCCAACAAAAGGUCGUGCAAAGGCUACCAAAGGAGUUAAAGCAGCAACUGGGAAUCUUACUCAAGAGACUAUGGCUCCUCCAACAACAGCUCCAACGUAUGGCCCAAACAAUCAAACAAACCAGCAGUGAUGGUUUAAGUAUCUGAAUACCAAUGAGAGAUAGAUAAAGGAUCAUUGUAGUUAUAACCUCUUUAAUGGGUUGGUGUUAAUAGAGAGAAGUCUGAUCUUUGCUCUCUUUUUCUUGAGAACGUGUGAUGAGUUGUAAAUUUUUUUAGCUUCUCCUCUAAAACCGUUAGAUUUCAUCAAAAAAAAAAGUUGUGGAAUUCUCUUUUUUUUUUUUUUU